AUGAGAAAAAUCGCAUUAGCUCUUGCAGUAGUUGCAUUUGCAUCCCUAACUCAAGCUUCAAGCUGGGCCAAAUACGGCGAUGCUUAUGAAAAACUCAGCGCCCAAGAUAAACAAAAGGCUUUGUGGGCUGAAAUCACUUCAAAUGAUACUCCAUACGGAUGGUAUAACGCUCUUGAACUUGGAGGUCUCUUCGUUGAGAGCAUGUCAACAUCUCUUCACUGGGUUGGAGAUACCUUCGAAGAUGGAUGGCUCGGUGUCAGAGACAAGUACAUCCACUCAGUUGGAAGUGUUGCUACAGUAAAAUACACUCCAGUUGACAACAACGAAGGAUAUACUGGAAUUUUCAAGAGUGGUGCCGAUCACGGUUUGAUCAGACUCUCAAUUGCCAAGCAACCAGAUCAAAGCGAAUCUAAGCACUCUGCUGAGGCUGCUCUUGACAACUUCACUCCAGGAUUCGGUCUUAAAUUCCUGAGAAACAACGUCCCAUCCGGUAACUUGGUCGCUAUGUACUCUGUAAACGGAGCCAAAUCAUGGAACUUCUUCAGAAUGGAUUUCACAAACCAUAUCCCAGACGCUGAAGGUGUUGCUCUCACUCUAGUUGCCAAAAAGUUUGAAACUGCCACACCAUUCGUUUAAUACGUUGGUCUCUCAGACAUUGCUUCAUACGAGCAAGACGGAACUUUGACUACUACCCCCAAAUUCCCAUUCCAACUUUCAUUCGAGCCAGUCCUUAGAGAGAAAUUCACCGAAGAUUUCUCACAAGACUUCUAAGAAUAACUUGCCUCUAUUCAAGCAGGAAGCCAAAUCUACAAGGUGCACGCUUAUGCUGAGCCUGACUCUUAGAAGGUUCAUAUCGGAGAUCUCUCAAUCACCUCACCACUUGUUAAAUCAUACUUCGGUGACAGAUACCUUUUCUUCAAGCAUCAGGAUAUCCAAGAGGAUAUUGUCUUCAGACCCGAAUGGAAGAGCCACUACAGAGUAGCCUCAAAGUCAUCAUGCCCAUUCUCCUCAAUCAAGAACGCCGCUAAAGGAAUCCUCCAAUCCGCCAAAAAAUUCAUGCAAUGA